GUCCUCCCGUUUGAUAUGAAAACGAAGAAGAAAUAGGCCGGGCAACACACAGAUGAGUAAAACGUUCUAUGAGUUGUAGAGAUUUAUUGGCCCUAACCUUAUUUUAUGUCGUUUUUCACGAAUGCCUAAAAACUAUCUACUAUUUUUGUGUUCAUUAUUAACUUAACCUUUAUUAUCUGGGUCCGUACGUUGACUCGACUAAUACAUUUUGUUCGAAUUUCCUUGUCACGGCUACCAUGAAUUGAUUAACGUGGACCCCGACUUAAACAAGUUGAAAAACUUAUUCGGGUGUUACCAUUUAGUGGUCAAUUGUACGGAAUAUGUACUGAACUGUGCAAUCUACUAAUAAAAGUAUCAAACAAUCAAACGAAAACACGGCGCUGAUUGGCUCACGUGACCCGGAAGCGUAAUCGUAAACUUCAUUCUGUCGGUGAUAAAUUACCGUAUUUCCCUGAAUUGCCGCCCGGGCGCUAAUUAAUUUAAAACUCCUGCGCUUACCAAAGGCAUGCGGUAAAAGUAAGCAUGCGCUAAUUAUUUUAAAACCUCUUCUCACUCCGGCACUUACCUAAGCUAUGCAGUAAAAAUUAGAGUGUGAUGUAAACUUGGACCUUAAUUCCUACUGAAUAGCUCUUAAUCUUCCCUUUAUGCGAUUUCAAAAUACCGGUGUUGAAAUCAGCCUCCUCUUUUUUGAAAAUGAUGACAGGGGAAGUGUCACUCGUGACGUCACGAGUUUGACCAGGCGGUAAUACUAAGCAUGCGCUAAUUAUUUUGGGAAGCGAGUUUGACCCGGCAGUAAUUCAAGGCAAACGCAUACUAUAUGUUUUGCGGCAAUUCAAGGAAAUACGGUAUUUCUAUUUGUAAACAGUGAGGAGAAACAUUUUGAUACAUGUGUUAAUUUUGUUUUCUUCAGUACCAGCAACACUGGUCAAGCAAAUCGCAGUAAAUGAUUAACCUCAUAAGUAGGGCUCGCACUUGUGCCAAACAAUGGAGAAAACAUCCAAUGUUGUUUAUCGUUUAAGAUAUUGUUUAUAAUUUGGUUGCCUUAUAGGGACAACAUUCUGCCUUGAUUCGAUUCAUGUUGCAAACCACAUGCUUGACUUGGGGUAGGUGCCAGAUUAAAUCAUGUAUGCACUUUGGGAGUUGACUAUUAACUUGUGCAGAUUACAAACAGCCCUCAGUCGCAAGCAGCUGCUGUUGCUACACUGUGCAUCCUGAAGCAAAGUUCACAAACAGCAGACCUCUGUCUGCUGUUCUCAAGAUUCCCCUCUCAUUUUUUUUUUUAAUACCGUGAGAAUAACAAUUGGACAGCAGCCAUGGCGAGAGCAAACUAUGGAUAUUAUCGGACCACUAUAUUUUUGGCCAUGUUUGUUGGCUACACUCUUUACUACUUUAACAGGAAGACAUUCUCUUUUGUGAUGCCUUCGCUGAUGCAGGAAAUCCAGCUGGAUAAGGAUGACCUGGGCAUGAUAACCAGCAGCCAGUCUCUGGCAUACGCUAUCAGUAAGUUCAUCAGCGGCGUGCUCUCAGACCAAAUCAGUGCUCGUUGGCUCUUCUCCAUUGGCCUGUUGAUGGUGGGAGGCAUCAAUGUGGUCUUCUCCUGGUCGUCCACUGUGGCCGUCUUCUCUGCCUUGUGGUUCCUCAAUGGACUGGGCCAAGGUCUUGGAUGGCCUCCCUGUGGACGGGUGCUGCGCAAGUGGUUCGAGCCCUCUGAGUUCGGAACAUGGUGGGCAGUCCUGUCCUGCAGCAUGAAUCUGGCAGGUAGCCUGGGCCCCAUCAUCGCCACCGUACUAGCCCAGACGUACAGCUGGAGGACCAUCCUGGCCGUGUCCGGACUCAUCUGUGUGGCCGUCUCCUUUGUAUGCCUGGUGGUUAUCAAGAAUGAGCCCAGAGACGUGGGGCUGCCCAGUGUAGGAGUAGCAGCGAAGAAGAGCAAAGGAGACUCCUCUAGUGAUGAGAGCACUCUGUCGGAGUUCCUGCUCUCUCCGUACCUGUGGCUGCUGUCAGUGUCCUACUUGGUGGUGUUUGGGGUGAAGACGGCCUGCACUGACUGGGGCCAGUUGUUUCUCAUACAGGACAAAGGACAGUCGACACUCAUGGGCAGCUCAUACAUGAGCGCCCUGGAGGUGGGAGGGCUGUUUGGCAGCCUGGCAGCAGGUUACCUCUCUGACAAAGCUGUGGCCAAACAAGGCAUGAGAACUUACGGCAAUCCUCGCCACUUCGUCCUGAUGCUUAUGAUGGCGGGGAUGUUUGUGUCCAUGUAUUUGUUCAGAAUCACCGUCACUCCAGAGAGUCCAAAGGUGUGGAUCCUCAGUUUGGGGGCUGCUUUUGGUUUCUCCUCCUAUGGGCCAAUCGCCUUGUUUGGGGUUAUAGCCAAUGAGAGUGCUCCGUCCAACUACUGCGGGACGUCACAUGCUAUUGUCGCUCUCAUGGCAAACAGUAAGUGCAUCGGUUUUUGGUCAUCUUUAAAAUGCAAGCAGAUUUCGACCCAAAGUGUUUUUUUCCCUUUUCUCAGUUGGCGGCUUCCUCUCAGGGCUUCCGUUCAGCACCAUCGCCAAGCAUCAUGGCUGGGAAACGGCCUUCUGGGUGGCAGAAAUCGCCUGUGGUGGCACGGCCAUUGGCUUUUUCCUGCUGCGUAAUGUCAAAACCAAAAUGGGUCACGUAUCCAAGAAGUCUGACUGAGAUACUGUCAAUUGCCAAAGGAUAAAAAUGUGAAGCUUUCAUUGUACUGUUUAACUCGUAUUUUUGUAUACACCACAGUAGUAUUUUCAGCAUUUUAAAACAUCUCUAAAUAGUUUUUUUUUAAAUCCAAAAGUGCUAUGUAUAAUUUAACAAAGGGAACAAUGACAUACCAAUAACAAGUGUUUCCUCAAGUGUUAUAACCCUUACUUUUAACACAAUCCAAAACUUGAAUAAAUUACAUUUAUUAUAUA